AUGAUGAAGCUGCUCCUGCUCCUCAGCUUGGUGGCCCUGGCCCAAUGUGACAUCCGCAGGGUCCCGCUGCAGAAGGGAAAGUCCCUGCGGAAGCAGCUGAAGGAGCAUGGCUUGCUGGAGGAUUUCCUGAAGAAGCAUCCCUACAACCCAGCCUCCAAAUACAACCAUGUCUUUACUGCCACUGAAUCCUAUGAGCCCAUGACGAACUACAUGGAUGCUUCGUACUAUGGCACCAUCUCCAUCGGCACCCCGCCGCAGGACUUCACUGUCAUCUUCGACACUGGCUCCUCCAACCUGUGGGUGCCCUCUGUGUAUUGCAAAAGCCUGGCCUGCAGCAACCACAAUGUUUUCAACCCCUACAAGUCCUCCACCUACGUGAGCACCAACGAAACCGUCUACAUCGCCUACGGCACCGGCAGCAUGAGCGGCAUCCUCGGCUAUGACACUGUGGCCGUCUCGAGCAUCGAUGUCAAAAAUCAGAUCUUUGGGCUGUCUGAGAGUGAGCCUGGCUACUUCUUCUACUACUGCAACUUUGAUGGCAUCCUGGGCCUGGCCUUCCCCAGCAUCUCCUCCGCUGGGGCCACCCCUGUCUUCGACAACAUGAUGAGCCAGGACCUGGUGUCCCAGGACCUCUUCUCCGUCUACCUGAGCAAGGAUGGGGAAUCAGGCAGCUUUGUUCUCUUUGGUGGCAUCGACCCAAAUUACACCUCCGAAGGCAUCUACUGGGUCCCACUCUCUGCUGAAACCUACUGGCAGAUCACCAUGGACAGGGUCACCAUCGGCGAGAAGUACGCCGCCUGCCACCUCACCUGCCAGGCCAUCGUGGAUACUGGCACCUCACUGCUAGUCAUGCCCGAAGAUGCCUACAAUCGUGUCAUCAGUGACCUGGGUAUCAGCUCUGAUGACGAGGUGAGGCAGGAGAUCAGCUGUGAUGACAUCAGCAAACUGCCUGAUAUCACCUUCCAUAUCAAUGGCUAUACCUUCAACCUGCCAGCCAGCGCCUACGUGCUGAACGAGGACGGGGCCUGCAGCCUUGGCAUCGAAAACAUGGGCACCCCCACUGAGUCGGGUGAGCAGUGGAUCCUUGGCGAUGUCUUCAUCCGCAAGUACUAUGUGAUCUUUGACAGGAGCAACAACAGGCUGGGGUUCUCUCCCCUGUCCUGA